CUCUUAAAAGUAAAAAUAGGAAUUUUGAGGAGGGAUUAUACGUUUAAUAAUUUUGUAGAAUAUUCUGUGAAAAGGUUAUUGCUUCUCCAUACAACUAAAGUGCCGUUAAAAGAUGAUAGAUUAGUUUUCUAUUAUUAAAUUUUGUGUUAUUCCAUUGUUUCGUUGUGAACACAGUGUAAUUCUCCUAACCGAGACAGCAACCAUAAUAAAAUGGCGACGGAUCCAACGAAAAACCGCAUGCAUGUUUUCAAGAACACUGGCAAAGAUGUCGACGAAAUGCGCAGACGGCGAAAUGAGGUGACAGUUGAACUUAGGAAGAACAAAAGAGACGAAACGUUACAAAAACGAAGAAAUGUACCAAUCAGCGACUCAACAGACGAAGAUGAGAAUGAUAGGACAUUGGCAGCAACAGAUUUACAGGAGUUAGUUAUGAAUGCGGCUAACUCCCAAAACCCUACAGUUCAACUUGCAGCUGUACAGCAAUGUAGAAAGUUACUCUCCUCCGACAAAAACCCGCCCAUAGAUGAAUUGAUAAAUACCGGAAUCCUUGUAAUUCUAGUUCAAUGCCUGGCUAGGGCUGACAACCCCACUCUUCAGUUUGAAGCUGCUUGGGCUCUAACCAACAUAGCAUCAGGAACCUCUGCACAAACUAACAAGGUGGUGCAUGCGGGUGCAGUUCCUUUAUUUUUGCAGCUACUAAUGUCCCCGCAUGAAAAUGUUUGUGAGCAAGCUGUCUGGGCAUUGGGUAACAUAAUUGGCGAUGGUCCAAGACUCCGAGACUUAGUUGUUGAACUUGGAGUAGUGAAGCCACUUUUAAGCUUUAUUAAACCAGACACACCAAUAUCAUUUCUUCGUAAUGUCACUUGGGUUAUUGUCAACUUAUGUAGGAAUAAGGAUCCACCUCCUCCAGUAAAAACAAUUCAAGAAAUACUGCCAGCUCUUAAUGUACUCAUCACACACUCGGAUAUUAAUAUUUUAGUUGACACUGUGUGGGCUAUUAGUUAUUUAACGGAUGGUGGCAAUGAGCAAAUCCAAAUGGUAAUCGAUUCAGGCAUAGUUCCCAAGCUAAUCCCACUGUUGUCACAUAAAGAAGUCAAAUGUCAGACAGCUGCGUUGAGGGCUGUUGGCAACAUAGUCACAGGAACAGAUGAACAGACACAAGUUGUGCUCAAUUGUGAUGCACUGUCACACUUUCCAGACUUACUAACACAUCAGAAAGAAAAAAUAUGCAAGGAAGCUGUAUGGUUCCUCUCCAAUAUAACAGCAGGCAACAAACAACAAGUGCAAGCUGUCAUUGAUGCGGGACUCUUACCGAAGAUUGUUGAGAACUUGAGUAAGGGCGAGUUCCAGACUCAGAAAGAAGCAGCAUGGGCUGUGUCGAACUUGUGCAUCAGUGGGACCAAGGACCAGGUGGCUGCCCUCAUAGCAUGUGGAGUUAUACCACCAUUCUGUAAUCUUCUCAGUUGUAAAGAUACACAGGUCAUCAAUGUGGUGCUUGAUGGACUUAGCAACAUGUUGAAAAUGGCUGGGGAAAAUGCAGAACAAGUAGCUAACCUGAUUGAGGAGUGUGGUGGCAUUGAUAAGAUUGAAGAACUGCAAGGCCAUGAAAAGAUGGAGAUCUACAAGAUGGCCUAUGAUAUCAUUGAACAAUACUUUGCAGAUGAGGAGGAGGAUGCCUCACUGGUGCCCGCUACAGCUGAGCAGGGCUUCCAGUUUGAGCCGGCGCAAACCGGACCGCAGGAGGGCUUCAGGUUCUAAAUUACCAAACAGACUGGAACACACAAGUGUGUCUACUAUUCUCAGCAUCGACAAACACGCCUAUAAUUUUAAUAAUGUAUUGGCAUCCAUGGGUGCCUCAUUUGAAUUAACAAUAAUAAUUAAAUGAGAAAAAAAAUAUUAACUUUCAAUCGUGAAAGAAAUUCGUAACUAUGAGUUUAAUUGUAUUUUUUUUAUAAUAAUAAAGUAUAUUAUCUUUGUA